AUGUCAAGGCCUACAAGAAACUACCUUCGUUGCCAGCAUGACUCCUCAGACGAAAUCGAGAUCAUGGCCGCCAAGCAUCGACACACGGCCGACGACCAGGAAGUCGAGGAGCAGAGCCUAGAAGGGAAGGUUCAAAAGGAGCAGUUACAACGCUACUGGACCCGGCCACUUGCCGUCAUCUUUAUCCCAGCUAUUAUUACUGCGUAUUACGGCGUUAUAUGGUAUUACCUGCUGCAGGAAAAUCGGAGCGAUAAAGCCGCUAAAUACCGCACAUUUUCGGGCUCCGUCAUCUUCUACUCGUGGUUCAUCGUGGGCGUUUUCGGUCUAUCAUGGUCAAAGUUUGGGCUCCUCGGCCUCGAGACCUCUAUGCUUAACUCGCGUCGUUGGGCGGCGCCAAACUUAGUCUCAGUCCUGUGGCACUCCGACAAUACCUGGAAUAGCCCUUCAGGCUGGUAUAGGGGUUUGUAG